AGUGUCGUGCCACGACAGACGACAGUCAGCAGAGCAGACAAGCCCCCGAGAACGAGUAAAAAUGGAGCUCUUCAAGACUGGGUUGAAAACCGUACUGGGCGCUCAACCGGGUACUCACACACCCACAGGGGCUGAAACGGUGGAACGACUGGUGGACAGAGUUGAAACCUCAACCCUCCUAGAGGACAGACGAGAUGCUUGCAGAGCUCUCAAGGCACUGGCAAAGAAAUUUCGAGUGGAAGUCGGCGCACAGGGAAUGGGCGCCCUCCUACAUGUCCUGGAGACAGAUCGCAGUGACAGCGAAAUUUCCGGUUACGCGUUAGAUGCCCUGUCCUACGUUAUAUCAGGAUCUGAUGACGAUGAGGAAGGUAAGUGCGUUGACGACGCUUGCGACGAGAAGCAGAGCAAGGACCUCGGUGAGCAGUUUACGGAGAUCUACAUCAAGAAGCCAGAAAAUGUGACGCUGCUUCUCGAUCUCAUGGAGGAAUUUGACUUCAAAGUGCGAUGGCCGGCCGUAAAGCUCUUGACGGGGCUUCUUAUCCACAGGCCGAAAGAAGUGCAGGAGUGUGUUCUUUUAAGCCCCAUGGGAAUAUCGAGGCUCAUGGACCUGUUGUCCGAUAGCAGAGAAGUGAUCCGCAAUGACGCCCUCUUGCUGCUGUCCCACUUAACAAAAGCCAACGCAAACAUCCAGAAGAUUGUUGCCUUUGAGAAUGCAUUCGACAGAUUGCUGGACAUCAUCGUUGACGAAGGAUGCAGUGACGGAGGUGUGGUGGUAGAAGACUGCCUGAUCGUUCUGCUGCACCUGCUGAAAAACAACAGCUCCAACCAGAACUUCUUCAAAGAGGGCAGUUACAUUCAACGUCUGACACCCUUCUUCAACUACCACCAGCAGGGGUCGGAGGACGGUAGCGGAUGGUCCGCGCAGAAGGUGUCCAACAUCCACCACAUGCUGCAGGUGGUGCGCACCCUGGUGUCACCCAGCAGCCCCCUCAAUGUGACCUCGUCCUGCCAGAAGGCCAUGAACCAGUCGGGGCUCCUGGAGCAGCUGGCCAGUAUCCUGAUGGCCAGUGGAAUCCCGGCUGAUAUUCUCACAGAGACAAUCAAUACAGUGGCAGAAGUUAUCAGGGGCCAUCACAACAACCAGGAAUUUUUUGCUUCCGUAAAUGCCCCCUCCACACCUCCGAGGCCGGCAUACAUGAUGUUGCUCAUGUCGAUGGUGAACGAGAAGCAGCCGUUCACACUUCGCUGUGCUGUUCUCUACUGCUUCCAGUGCUUUCUCUUCAAGAACGAGUUGGGUCAGGCACGGAUCAUCCAGACCCUGCUGCCGACAUCCGCGGACAUGACGUCCGUGACGGCGGGACAGCUGCUGUGCGGAGGACUGUUUACAGGGGAGUCUCUGAGCAACUGGUUCUCGGCAGUCGCCCUCUCGCAUGCCUUAGUGGACAAUCCCACGCAGAAAGAGCAACUGCUUCGAGUGCAGUUGGCCACCAGUGUGGGCAAUCCACCUGUUUCCCUUAUGCAACAGUGCACCACCAUUUUGCAGCAGGGUGGGAAGUUACCGACCAGGUUGGGCCUGCUCAUGCUCAUGAGCACGUGGCUGGCAAACUGCACUCUAGCAGUCAUGCAGUUCCUCAACAUACCCACCAGUGUGCCUUAUCUCACCUCCCAAGUGAGCCUUGCCGAAGGCGACGAACACGAAGACCUUGUUCAGGGCCUCUGCGCUUUCCUCCUGGGCAUCUGCAUAGAAUUCAACGACGAUUCAGUACCAAGCUUCACCAGGGAUGCCUUGUGCCAACUGCUGGAAAAACGUGUUGGCUUGGAAACUUUUGUCGACAAGUUGUCAGCCAUCACGAAGCAAGAGUGCUACAGCCAGGCUGCUCAACGGCCGCAGCUCAAGUACAAGCACCCGUCCGAAGUGUUCUUCGAUCACGAGUUCUGCCGUCUCUUCAAAUCUCUUGAGGGUCUCAUUAUCAAGGCUGUUCAGCCACGUCCCAAAGAGUUGGCAAAUGGGCCAGAGUCCAACAUGAGCGAUGCACAACAUGGCCUUCUUCAGCGGUACAAAGGACUCAUCAGGGAUCAGGAUGAAAGGAUUGAAAGUCUGACGUCAGAGCUGGACACGCUUCGCAAGGAAUACCAGCAGUGCAGUUCAGAACUGCAGGAGCUGCAGGGGUCUGUGCAGCAGCUGAGAGACCAGAACUCACUCCUGAAGGCACAGCGAGCUGCCAUUGGAGGACAAGGCGACAGCAAGAGCCCAAGCCCAGAGUUGGAUCAGACCAAAAAGGAACUGGAUGACCUGAGAAAGAAGCACGAACAAGUCUUGCAGGAGCUUGAAGCCGUCAAGAAAAGCCAGAGCGAUGAGAAGGAAAAGAUGACCACCGAAGUGUCGACAACGACCUUACCACAAGAGUUGCCUGAGGCAGGUGAUGCAGUCGGAAAGGUAACUGCACUGGAGGAGCAAGUGGCGUCACUACAGAAGGAGUUACAGGAUCUCAAGGCCAUGAAAGAAGAAAAAGAAAAAGUAGAAACUGAACUUACAAAUUUGAAGAAGGAACAGGAGGACCUGCUCAUCAUGCUCACAGAGCAGGACAGCAAAAUCAACAAGUACACGACCAGGCUCAAGGAGCUCGGCGAGGAGACAGUCAUCGGUGAGGUUGAAGACGACGACGAAGAAAUCAACUUUGAUGAGUAUGACUGAAGCUGAGGGGAGGGUGGAGUAUAGUUCAAUUGUACAGUAAUGGGUGACACAGAAGGGACAUUAUGCCACGUUUUUGAGGGAAUCAAUUUUGCUUAAUAAAGUGUAAUAAUUUGUCGUUGGAUAGUGAC